AUGGCAGCCCAACAUCGCAAUAUUCAAACCGUGGACUCCCAGUCCUACUCUUACAUUUUCGAGCAACAUGUGUCGGUACCCUUGGGCAACGGCGGAGUCAUUCGCUGCAACAUCUACAAGCCCAAGGCAGCUUCAGCGGACAUGAAAUUUCCAGUAAUUAUGACAUACGGUCCGUACGGCAAAGAUGUCCCUUACAAACAGUUCAACUCAAAAAGCUUUUCUGAAAUUCACCCGGCCCAUCAAACAGACCACUCUGCAUGGGAAACUCCGACGCCUGAGUUUUGGACCAGUCAUGGAUACGUCGUCAUUCGGGCGGACGAGAUUGGUAUUGGCCAAUCUCCCGGUUUCUUGAAUGUCAUAUCAACAGAGUCGGUCGACGGCUUCCAUGAUCUCAUCGAGUGGGCUGCCGAGCAACACUGGUGUUCAGGCAAAGUAGGCCUGCUCGGUGUUAGCUAUUAUGCUGCUGCACAGUGGCAGGUGGCGAGCCUGCAUCCUAAAGGUCUCGCAGCUAUCGUGGUAUGGGAAGGAUACUCGGACCCGUACAGCGAACCGGUGCGACAUGGUGGCAUUCUGUCAAACAAAUUCCUCUCUUUGUGGUAUUCCCGUCAAGUUGCUCCGAACCAGUACGGAUUGCCCGGACGAAAAGCGCGCAACUGGGGUCCGGACACGGUCGAAGGUGAUCUAAACCCGGAGGAGUUAGAUGCCAAUCGACACGAGGCUGUGUACCACGAGCAGCGAUUCCGCGAUGACAAAAGCCUAGCUUGCCUCAAUUUUAAUCUUGAGGAUGUCGCGGUCCCCCUUUUGAGCGUCGCGAACCUGGGUGGGAGCUCCCUGCAUUUACGAGGAAACGUGCUUGGAUACCUCUGGGCUGGCUCCGAAUUCAAAUAUCUUCGAUUUAUCACGGGUCGCCACGAUUUACCAUUCUACUAUCAGGAAGAAGUUGAGAUUCAAAGAAGCUUCCUUGAUGCUUGGCUUAAAGGUGAUGAUCGCGACGGGUGGGCCAAGAAGGGGGCUAUUCCGCCAGUUGACCUAGUUCUUCGCAAGGGGAACGUUGGACACAAUGAUCCGCAGGCUGAGAAAGCAUAUCUCCGGCGAAAGGAAAACGAAUGGCCGAUUGCCCGGACUCAAUACACCCAAUUUCAUCUAACACCAGAAAAUACGCUUCAACAGGACCAGCCGAAAGCACAGCUCCCGAGAAAGAAAACUUACAACGCUCUCGGCAAAGGAGAACCGACAGAUAUCUUGACAUUUACGUCGGCGCCAUUUGAUUCAGAGACUGAAAUCACUGGUCACAUUGUGGCUCACCUGAAUGUCUCUUGCAGCAGAUAUCGUUGGGGAAGUUCACCAUCUGAUUUGGAUUUAUUCCUCUCCUUGCGCCUGCUGUCACCUUCAGGCGACGAGAUCUUUUAUACUGGCUCUUCUGGGGAGCCUGUUCCCUUGACCAAGGGCUGGCUACGAGUUUCCCUCCGCAAAGUCAAUCCACAGCAUCCCCGUCACCGCUCCUGGUUGCCAUACCGAGAAUUUUGCUCUCAUGAUGUUCAGUCUGUUAUUCCAAACCAGGUUUAUGCCGUUGACGUGGAGAUUUGGCCGACGAAUGUGGUCAUUGAACCGGGAUAUCGAUUGGUUUUAGAGGUGAGCUCUGGAGACACCCAAGGUGUUGGGUUUUGGGGCCACGACGACCCUAUUGACAGGUCGGAAGAAGUCUUCAAAGGCCAAAACCAUCUUCACUUCGGCAACGAUUAUGUCAACUAUAUCGAGUUGCCUAUCAUCCCCGCAAACUAG